AUGGCGAUUAGUAUUAUACGCCAUUACCUCAUUGAAGGUUUAAAGGAUCAGUACCUGACAAUGGAAAAUCCACUAAACCUUUGGACCGCUUUACAGCGUAGAUAUGAUCACCAGAAAACAGUGCUACUUCCAAAGGCUAGAUAUGAGUGGAAGAAUCUCAGAUUCAUGGACUAUAAGUCCAUGGAUGAAUACAAUUCGGCUAAUAAUGAACUCCUGAUGAAGAACAGUGAGAUGAGACCUCCAGGUUCAGCACCAUUACCAGAAGCUCACAAAGCUGAACAUGAAAAGAAAGAUCCCAAAGAAAGCAACCACAUCUAUAAUGAGAGAAGAACACACGGCAGAGGCCGUGGUGGGUACAAGGGACGUGGUGGACGUGACAAUUACUCAUAUGGCCGUGGAUAUGGAAACCACAAUAACUGUGGUCGUGGUUCCAGCUAUGGCCGUGGAAGAGCCAAUUUUGGCCGCGGUCGAGGCGGUAUAUCCAAGCCGUCUUACUCGACCAAAUCCGUUUGUCACAGGUGUGGGAUGAGUAACCAUUGGGCCAAGAACUGCAGAACCCCUAAACAUCUAUGUGAACUCUAUCAAGAGAGUCUUAAGAACAAGAACCCAGAAGCUCAUAUGGUUCACGACAAUGGGUAUGAUUCUGAUGAUGAUUUCGACCAUGAAACGGAUGAUCUAAUGGAUCAUUAG